UGGUUUGUUUUUGGAAAGUGGGGGAGGGAAGCCAAGUCAGACUACACCAUUGGCUGGAAUUAAAAUUCAGAAAGUAAAGGUCAUUUAGAAAUAGGAAGAAGUACAGGCACCCUAAUAUCCUAGGAAGCAGAUAAUAUAGAAGGCAGUAGUUUUAUCUAUGUCACUGGCUGCAUUGCUGGGACUAGUUUCCAGUACCAACUCUUGUGUUUUAUAACACGCAAAGAGAAGACACUGGAGAGUAAGCUUAGGGGCUGAUAUAUGUGGUGGUUCACUUGUCUGUCUUUUCUUAAUCGCCCAAGGAAAGAGGUCGUAUUAAUAAUCCCAUUGAGCCAUGAAUUUAAAGUUGCCACUGGUGUAAGGGGUGUGUUUGCUGGCCCUUUAGUGUCUGCAGAGAUGGUAUUGCAUAAGGCAUUCCAACUAAAACCUGCAAGUUUGUGACAUCCAGUCACAAUGGGAUUCUUGAUAGGCAGGACAUGCAGAACAGUAUUACUGUAGUGCAGAAGUUCAGAACAGAGGAUACUACAGUUUUCCAUUCCAAACAGUAAAGGCUACUAUAAGAUUUUUUUUUUUUUUUAAUAAUUGCAAAUUUAACACUAAGAAGCUUAAAGAAGGGGAAACAAGUUAUUGCCCAUGAAUCUGAAAUGCAAAAUCAACUUUCAUCUAAGCAUGACUUGCUAAGUUUUAUUUAGUAUUGCUUCCUUUUCUAAAAGAAAUAUUAAAACUUCUCCAAGGCUUUCAGUACAGUUUCCCACAGCCUCCUACUAGAGAAACUGAUGGGUUACGGACUAGACAAGUGGUCUGUGCAGUGUGGGUGGGGAACUGGCUGACACACCACGCCCAGAGGGUGCUGGUAAAUAGCUCCUUUUCAAACUGCCAACCUGUCACAAGCUGGGUCCCCCAGGGAUCGAUAUUGGGCCCAGCGCUGUUUAAUAUCUUCAUAAGGGAUCUGGAUGAUGAGAUCAAGUGUACGCUGAUGAAGUUUGCGAAUGAUACCAAACUGAGUGGGGAAGUGGACACUUAGAGGGGAGAGCCACCCCGCAGGAAGACCUGGGUAGGCUGGAAGAGUGGGCUGACAAGAACCUUAUGAAGUUCAACAAAGACAAAUGUAAGGUCUUGCAACUGGGAAAACAAUCCAGGAGUGCAGCACAGGCUGGGAUCUACCCAGCUGGGGACCAGCUCUGUGGAAAGGGGUCUGGGGGUCCUGGUGGACAACAGGCUCCAUAUGAGUGAACGGUGUGCUGCUGUGGAAAAGAAACCCAACUGGAUGUGGGUUGCAUCAAGGGCAGCACCAGCAGAGAUAAAGGAGUCAUUAUCCCACUCUACUCAGAGCUGGUCAGGCCACACCUGGAAUACUGUGUUCAGUUUUGGUCCCUGUUACAGAAGAAAGAUAUGGACAGGCUGGAGAGGGUCCAGAGAAGGCCACAAAGAUGAUCAAAGGCCUGGGAAGCCUGCUGUAUAAGGAAAGGCUGAGAGAACUGGGCUUGUUCAACCUUGAGAAAAGGCGGCUUAGGGGAGACUUUAUCACCACAUUCCAAUAUUUAAAGGGUGGCUACAAAGAAGAUGGAGACUCCCUUUUUACAAGGAGUUACACAGAAAAGAUGAGGGGUAAUGGGUACAAGUAACUCCUGGGGAGAUUCUGUUUGGACACAAGAAAAUUUAUCACAACGAGAACCACCAGCCAUUGGAAUAGUCUCCCCAGGGAAGUGGUGGAUUCCCCAACAUAGGACACUUUUAAGAUUCAGCUGCACAGGGUGCUGGGCCAUCUUGUCUAGACAGUGCUUUUGCCAAGAAAGGUUGGACCAGAUGAUCUUUGAGGUCCCUUCCAGCCUGGUAUCUAUGACUAAAAGAUAACCUUUAAUCAUCCCUUGUUUCAGUAACUACAUUACCAGCUUACAGCAAACUCUGUUCUUAUUAGAGGCUUUCCCUCCAUCAACACUGGAAGAAGCAGGGACAAAAGCAAUGCUACUUGCCAAAUAGCUUUAGCAGCUGAUAAAGAAACAUGGCUUCUGGUUGAAAAAAAUGAAGCACUGAUAUUCUAGGCCAUAGAACAGUGCUUGUAGUAGCACAGCAAGAAGCAAUUCAAAGGGGUGUAAAGCACUGACAGAUCAAGAGGAUGCAGAAAUCAGCAUCCCACUAUUUAAACUGAUGCUAAAAAAAAGGGCUAGUCCAGUUGUACAUCUAAUUUUUUUUUUUUAACUAAAGUAUGCAGACAGAAGCAUGUUAGCAUGAUUGUACUACCAGAGUCCAUUUUAAUCUCAGUCAUGAAUACUGAACCUAUGUAAACCAAAAUCAACAUAGCAGCAUGAUUUAGAUUAGGGAAAAAUGUAUGUAUAGUGUGAAAUGCAGCUUCUGGGACAUUUGAUUCACAUAAAAUGGCUGAACCAAGUCAGAUGUUACAGUCUGUAUCGUGAAGAGCAAUUCAUAUACUUCUGAGUUUGUACCUUAAUCUGGUAGGGGAUUGUUCAGAUUUAUUUGGAAUUAGUUGCGUAAUAGCCACAAUCAAAUUACUUUGUCAUUUAAAAAUAAGUAAGUUUACUUCCUUAAUUAAUCCUGUCCCACUUUAGCAUAUGUGGAGCAAGGCAGCGUAGUCUAUUUACAGUCAUUAACUAACGAGCUUUAGGUAUGUACCUUGUGCAAGACAAUCCACAUUUCCACACUGGAAAUUGCUUUACAAUUGCAAAAGCUCAGCUAAAUCCCAUGGAUGUCUGUCCAGAGCCUGAAUGCCUAUGCCUGCUAUUGACUUAAAUAAACAAAGCUAUUGAAAAACAAAAACCCCAACAACUGCCUUACUGUGUCUGUCUUAAUAUAGAAAAAGUGAUGAAUGUGAUUGCUUAUUGAUUUAACCUUCAUCUGUCAACUCUGAAAGCACUUGUUCUGAAGGUUUUCUCAAGCCUGACAAAAAGUUCAAUUUGCUCUUGUUACAAAUAGAGACAUCUAUUUUUAGCAUCAGUUUACUGCCUCCCCCCUGCUUCUGCUGCCCUAGGCACUGUAAUGGAAGAUAAGACCAUUUCACUGAAGAAACAUAUACAACUACUUGCAACUUUGGAGUUUAAUGUACCUGCUUUUUUGGGUUUUUUUAAACAGAAAGACACAAGGAAUGAAAAGAGGUGUGGGUUAAGGAUUUUACAUUAAUCUAUUCAGUGAAGACUCUUGCAGAAGUGAAGCGCAGCAAAUGACCUGCUUUAUACCUCCCUGUGAGGGCUAAAAAAGGUUCACUACAGCUCACCUCCCUUCUGUUUGUUGUACAGCACUUCUCUCUCUGACAGUGGUUCAGCUCCUGAUGGAAGAGCAAAACAUUAUCACAGAGGUCCCAGCAACCCUAAAGCGCCUGGCCAAAUAUAUAGUGCGUGGUUUCUAUGGAGUAGAGUACUCCCAGGCCCUCGACAUACUGAUCCGCUACCCCUGUGUGAAAGAGGAUGACUUGUUACAGUUGCUCAAGUAUGAACGUAAACAACUGCGUGCUAUCCUCAACACGCUCAAGGCAGAAAAGUUUGUGAAGCUGCGUAUGCGAGUUGAAACGGGGCCUAACGGGAAGAGCACCAGGCACAAUUACUAUUACAUCAAUUACAAGGUGCUGGUCGAUGUGGUAAAAUACAAACUGGAUCACGUACGCCGGAAAAUAGAAGUGGAUGAGCGGGAUUCAACUACCAGGUCCUCUUUUAGAUGUCCAUCUUGCUCCAGCACUUACACGGACCUGGAAGUCAAUCAGCUCUUUGAUGUAUUUACAGAGACUUUCCGCUGCACUUACUGCAACACUGAAGUUGAGGAAGAUGCCUCAGCACUUCCUAAGCACGACGCUCGAACCUUGCUAGCAAAAUUCAAUGAGCAGAUUGAACCUAUCUUUGUGCUGCUGCGUGAGACUGAAGAUAUUGUUCUGCCGUACCACUUGCUGGAGCCUCAGCCAAUGGAAAUACCAGAAUUAUCAGAAAGCUUUGAUCAGAAAGUGGGGUCAAGUGUGCUGGAAUCCUGCAGCCGACCUGAAAAAUGGGCUGACAGAAGUUCCUCUUCUGGCAACAUGUACACCCAAAACUUAGUUAUUGAUGUCCAAGACUCUGAAUCCAAGAAGAAAAUAAGAGAAAAAGCAACUAAAAAGCAACCUAUCUGGAUGUCACAGAGCACUGUGGAAGGAGCAACAACACACACCAACAAUAGUGUUGGAGUAAAUGCUUCUGAAGAAACUGAAGAAAGUGUUAAAGAAACUGUCACUGAAAAUGAAAUCAUCAAGACUCUUCUGAUCCAUGAAUCCAAGUCAUUGUCUAGCACAGACCAGGCUCCUGUUGUCAGAAGCAAACUACCUGAAUCAGGCAGUGAUACCAGUGAGUCUGAGGAAGAUGGCAAGCACUCAAGAGCAGGAAUGGAAGUAGCAGGCAGCAACUUCAAACAAGAGGAGGAAGAGGAAACACAAGGUCCUAUUUUAAUGGUAGCUGGUCAGCCUCGUUCAUAUGGCGAAGUUAGUGAAAAUCCAGAGCUUGUCUCUCUCAUGACAAAUGAAGAGAGAGAAGCUUAUAUAAAAGUAGGGCAAGAAAUGUUCCAGUCUGUCUUUGAAUAAAUACUGCUAUGUGAAUAUGCAAACUUGUAUGGAACGGGUGAAGGCUUCUUUUGAAAUAAGACAGUUCAUCUAUAGUUUAACUUAUGUUCUUCAAAGUUUACCACUGAAGGUUAAGUUUUGUUUGAACUCCUUGCUGUUAUGCAAGAUAGUAAUCCUGUAGUAGGUAACUACAGUUCAAAAUACUGGCAUUGCAGCAAAAGCAACCCACAGUUACUAUGGGUUUUCUGUUGUCUUAAUGCUUAGACUUUGUGAAUGCUGUAAUUGGUUUUGGAGCAUGAAUCCCUUCAGGAUACAAUGGAAUCUGAUUAAAAUAAAAGUUUCAAAGGCAAUGUUGCAA